UAAAAGGAGUUACAAUUUAUAAUUACAAAGAUAUCAUGCUAGUACAAAUUACAUUUAUUUCAUUUGCGCCAGAGCGUAUGUACACCACCCGUGCGAUACCAUUGUAAAACUCAAAGACAAUAGAUUUAAAUCAAUAUAUCUACGAUAAAAUUACUAUUCGAUAUAACUAGAAUGAUAUAAGAUUUCUCUGUAAUUUAAAUAUAUUGAGGAUUUUCUGAAUAAAACAGUAUGGUUAAAAGCAGUUUUCAUCAGUUUUUAGAUUUAAAUGUCAUUUUGCGUAUCAAACCAAGUUCGCUUUUGUUAUGUCCGCGUUAACGAACUUCAACGUACACUCGUAUAUUUGUCUAACCACUUCUGUCAAUAUUUACGUUACACGAAACCCCACGACUCGUGACAAUGUAAUUCGCACGUCGUUACUCGCGACGAUCCCGUCCAAAAAUGUUCGCACAUGAUUAUGUGGAGGUCAUCAAAAAGGCUGAUCAUCAACUGCUUACAAUUUGUCAUUAGAUGCGGUCGCAGUAACUUCGAUGCGGAUGAUUUAGAUGACAUUUCGGAUUACGACGUCCUGGAUGUUCCUAGUAAUGUAGCGAUAAUUGCCUCUGUUGCCGCGGAGAAUCAUCUCCGUUGUUAUGAGAAAUGCAUUUAUUUAAAAAUAUUCAGUUUAAUCAGUGAGAAGAGCUCUUAUUUUUGCUCAAACGGACGGUUCAACGUCCUUGCAGUGCAAUUUCAGCCGCAAACGUUCGCGCUACCAAGGCAACCGCGCCAGGACGAUCUCCAGCAUCGACCGGACGCGCCGGGAGCGAGGAGGACCUCGCCGCCGGAAGUGGUGACCAAGGUGCUGCAAGCUCUCGAAGAGAUGGGCGAGCCCGUGGGACCGUCGACGGUGGAAAAGAUGCGCGAGUCUUCGUCGAAGUCCCUUGGGUACCUGCUGCAUUCGGGAACAUCGUCGACGAGGAUGAGCUAACAGAUUCGCCACUUCGCAGUUUCGAUGAACUUCUACCCUGUGGAGUCCAGAGUUCUUGGUACAUCAGCCACUCGGGACUCUCGUACGUGCGGACUCUCAGAAGAAGCGAACGAUUUUCGUCCAUAGAAUAUUCGACGUUCGUUCUUGUGGUUUUAUCUUUUUCUUCCUUUCUCUUAUACAGACGUGUAAGUCUUAAUUGUAAUAAUAUUAUAUGCGCGUGUAGAAAUAAACUGCAUACGAUACUUGAAAGAUUCGGAAACUUUGCAGUUUAGAUUUCUUAUCAAGAAUCAUUCAUUGCGUUUUUCAUAUGCGAUUGUGUAUUUGUCUGGCUAUAUGUUGCAUAUUGUUGUAUUUACUUCACCGAAAAAUGUAUCAACGGCGGAAGCUAUUAAUAAAAUCUUGUUACGACAAACUCGGUCCAAUUUCCGAAUUGAAUGAAUUCUUCGCAUUGAAAUUUCGUUAAAUUUCUGAUUGACC